AUAAGUUCGAUGUGUCUUAUUCUUUGGAAGAUUUUGGGUUAGAAAGGGAAGAGGAAGAAGCUCGAAGCGAGGAGAGGGAAUCAGAAAAAGAAAUAGAGCCCGCGUGGAAUGUUAUUACGGAUCUGUUCGAAGAUGAUAGGUACGAGGAGGAAGAAUUUCACGAGGAGAAAGAAGUAGGUGAAGAGGAGGAGAUGUCGCUUUCCACGACGGUUUCUACCAUCGAGGAGAAGGUUAUAGAGGAAGCGCCGAGUCCGGUAGAAUCUGAACACGUGUUUGCCGAGAUACCUAUAGAGAGUCCGGCUGAACGUGAAACGAUUAUCGACAAAUUGAGAGAAUUACUAUCCGAAAGAUCCAAUCUGAGAAGGAAAAAUAGGCUGUUGGAAAUAUGGGUCACUCGAAAUAUGAAGAAGACUCAACAACGUAUGACACCCUCGGAUUCCACAAAGACCCGCGAACAAAUGGAAGAGAUAUACAAGGAAGCGCUGCGCGAAUACAAGAUGCAGGUCGACGAGAUAUUGACUCGGGAGGCGGAAUUGACGUACGAGAUGCAGAAUUACACGCAAAAGGUUACGACGCUCAAAGAGGAGGAUGAUCGAAUCUUUGGACUGUUUCUCAACCGUCAGAAAGAAGUAUCUGUUGGCUUAGUCUUCUCGAAAACUGGCAGGAAACUCACGGAGAAGAUGAUGGACAAUCUGAUACGUCGACAGACUACACGACGUUUGAUCUUGGCCAGAGAUCGUCAGAGCUACGUGUUUCUUCAACAUCGUCUCGACGAUUUGAAUAUGCAUCUUAAAAUCGCUGAAACUUUAGGAGAAGGAAUGACUACGAUGGAUUACGAGGCGCUUCACAUCGCCAAUUGUGGCUACAAGGACAGAUUGGAUGAAAGAGACCGUGAAUUAGAAAGGCUUCGAAUCAAAAUCGCAGAAACAGUAAAUGGCGUAGCUCAAUACAAGGAAAAAGAGGUAUGCAUAGCGGAGGACAUAGAAUUCGAGCAAAAGAAUCUCGAUCGAAAACGCGAAGAGAACACUAAAAUUCGGGAACGCGUAAACAAUGCUCACUUGGUGCUCAAUGAGAUACGAGAGACUUUGAACGAGAGAAGCACUUCUGCUGGACUCCUAGUGGCUCAGCAAGAGUUGAUGGAAAUGCAGAAAAUGAUAACGAUGAAAAAAGAACUGAAAGCCAAGAUCGAACUGAUAAAGCAGGAGAUUGAAUUGUAUCAGCCAAUGAAACAGAAGAUCAAGAAAAGUCAGCAGUUGCGCGCGACAUAUCCGUAGAAAAACAACAAUUACUUCUAAUAAAAAUUUAUGUUAAAACGGAAAUCGAUUGUAGAAGAAAAAGUUUUUCUAUUUAUAGAAUUCAAUCUAGUCAUCUGAUUUCUUACAUUGUACACCCAUG